CACGAAAUUACUCUCAUGUAGAGAAACUUAUCAGUUAGACUACAACUCCCAACAAGCACAGCGGAAAAAUUGUAAGACUUCCUUUUUUUCAAAGGUCAUUAAGUGUUCUGAGCUGGGUGAGAUCUUUUGGUCAGCAGUAUGGGUCGGCUUGAUGGGAAGGUGAUACUUCUGUCUGCUGCAGCACAAGGGAUUGGACAAGCCACUGCUAUUGCUUUUGCUAAAGAAGGAGCCAGAGUCAUUGCUACAGAUAUCAAUAAGUCUAAGCUGCAAGAACUGGAGAAAUAUCCAGGCAUUCAAAUACGAGUUCUGGAUGUCACUAAACGGGAACAGAUAGAAGAGCUGGCCAAGGAGAUUGAAAGGAUAGAUGUCCUCUGCAAUAUUGCAGGGUUUGUUCAUCAUGGGACCAUUCUGGAUUGUGAGGAACGAGACUGGAACUUUGCUAUGAACCUCAAUGUUCGCAGCAUGUAUCUAAUGAUCAAGACAUUCCUUCCUAAGAUGAUUAAACAGAAAUCUGGAAAUAUUAUAAAUAUGUCUUCUGUGGCAUCCAGUAUUAAAGGAGUUGUGAACAGAUGUGUUUAUAGUACUUCAAAGGCAGCAGUUAUUGGUCUAACAAAGUCUGUGGCUGCUGAUUUCAUUGAACAAGGGAUCAGAUGCAACUGUGUAUGUCCUGGAACUGUUGACACACCAUCUUUACAGGAAAGAAUCAAAGCCCAGCCCAACCCAGACCAGGCAUUGAAAGAUUUCCUAGCCAGACAGAGGAUCGGUAGGAUGGCUACUGCUGAAGAAGUGGCCCAUCUCUUUGUGUACCUGGCCUCUGAGGAAUCUGCCUACAUGACCGGCAAUGAAGUAGUCAUUGAUGGAGGAUGGAGCUUGUAAUCAACUCUACCUGCAGAUGGAAAUUUGUACAAUGAAAGGCCAAAAGUGAGGAUCAUGUUUCUCAGUUAAGAAUUUUAAGUUUUAAAUCAUUUAUAGGAUGUGAUCUAGAACAAAUUUGGUGCAUUUUUGUGGUUAUGUGAUCUCAUUCUAUUAUCAGUCCUGUUUUAAGCGAAUCUAAAUAAAAGGAAUUAAAUGCCAUCAUUAUUCUCACCCUGGAAAAUAUUUGGAAUUUAAACAUUCACAGUUCCUACCAGCAUUAAUAGACUAUCCAGAGAAAACAGACUACUUUUAAAGGAGCCAAAAAGUUCUCAAAUUAAAUGUUUAUUUUAAACAACAGAAGAAAGCAGAAAUGGCAUAUGUGAGGAUUAAAAUGAUUUUGUUACUCAUGAUAGACAUUUACUUUAAGAGAACACACUAGAUCUUACAAAUUAUACCUGAAAAUCUAUCCUGCUUUGCGGUCCUUUGUUUCUGCUCAUUUCUAUCAUUAGGGAAAUGUUUUUUGAGAACUGUAAUAACUGUAGAAAAAUAGUCUGUGUUGAACUGUUGAAAAGAAUCUGUCCUCAGCCUGACAUCCAGAGUAGAAGGUGCGAGACUGUCAGGCACACGGCGGAUAUAUAGUGUAUGGGCAGAAGAAAUUCCUGCACAUACAGUAAAGAGUCAGUGCACAGGACAGCUGUUUUCUGCAACUACAAUGUCCAUUUUCCUAUAUACUGGGCAAGUUAGGCUGCUGGAAUUUCGAACAAUGACAAAUCAUAGCCCAGAAAGCAGGAUGACCAUUAGAAGCAGUAGGACUGGCUGCCUUGUGGUUACCCAGUGUAUUUUGUUUAGACAUAUUAAGAUUAUAGACACUGUCUUCAUGAAGCAGAGAUGAUAGAAGAGAAAUUGUUAUGAUGAUUGUUAAAAGACUAUGCUCUCUACAUGCUAUAAGCCCUAGACAAUCAUGUAGUUUCGCAGUCAGUUUGAAAAUUAGUACAUUUACUAGUACCAAAGAGGUCUUACUGGGAAAAAUUGAGGCCCAAACUGUUUCAUUAAUGGCAUAAUUCACUCUUAAAGUGAUCUUGCAAAUGUCUUCACUGGUUCUUUUCUUUUUCAUGUGCAGAAAGUACUACUCAAGGAUAUCACUCUGAUAGGCAUGUAUACAUGGAAGAGGUGUUCUUAAAAACACAUGUGGAUCUUCCAGAAUUUAUUUUACCUGUGGCAUAAAAACAAAAGGCGUGAGAUUUUUACCACCACAGAUAGAACAAAUAUAUUCCUCUUCCAAAAGGAUUUACUAAUACCAGUACCAAUACAGGACAAGUAUUAUCAAUUCAAUAGAUUAGGUGCUGUGCUUAGAUAUUCCAUUUGCUUAACUCUCAGACAGAAAUAUAGUUCUUGCUAAAAACACAAAACUAAGUUUCUCUCAAAAUGGCUGUUUCUACAAGAGUUUGUAUUGAUAUUUUUGUCGUAGUAGCACACCGAAGCUUUGAUUUAUGAAUCAGAAAGCUGCCAUGGUAAGGACUCAUACUCUGGAGAGGAAAAAAAAAA